UGGAUGACUAUAUUUUGUCGUUUACAACUGGCACAACAAAGAAAAUUCAUCGAUUCACAUGAAAGUAAUAACAGCCUGACUAAUACAUGGGUAACUUCUUUUCUUUAUUAAAAUUUGGUCCACAGUCAGGUUCAGUGAGACAGCACUUGGAAGAAGGGAAUCGCUGUAUGAAUAAUGGCGACUAUGAAUCAGCAAUUGAACACUAUGUACAAUGUUUGAGACCUCCAAGCAAGAAUAGCGUCAAAAUGAUGGCAUAUUUUGGUACUGGUAACGCUUGUUUCCUCUUUGAAAAAUGGGAGGAAAGAUUGAAAUGUUUUGGUAAUUGCUUGAAGAUUUCUUCAAAAGUGAAACGUAAAUUUUUUCAACAUCAAUUUUAUCUUGGCCUGGGAAAUAUUGAUUCUACCACUGAAAGAUUUGUGGAUGACCUGAAGAAAAAUAAAAUGGUCUGUCUUUGUCAUAUUGCAUUGGGAGGAUUGAGCAAGCGGCUUGAAAAUUAUGAGAAAUCUUUGGAGCAUUAUAGAAAAGGAUUCUCUCUUACUGAAUGUCAACACCAAGAAAAUCAGCAGGAACAAAAAAAAGAACUAAAGAAAGUUGAUGGUAUUAACGUUAUUAAAGAUUUCAUCGACCACAACAUGAAGAACUUGUCAAUUGUUACUUCAACUGAAAUCAUGAAUGGAGUGUUAGUUUUUUAUUGGGAAUUAGCAGAAUUGUUUGAUAAACUUAAAAGACGGGACGAGGCAAUCUGUAUGUACAAAAUAUAUAUGGAGGAAUUGCAGUGGAAAUGCGUUGAUGAAUCAACUAAACAUAAUCAAUUGUUUUUUAAAAUGAUUAAGUAUGGACAAGAUCCCAAAGUAAAAGUUGAAUAUAUAAGUGAUGUGCGUGUAAUUUUCUCCGGAGAAUUUUGCAUCGGCAAAGGAAGUGAUGGAACUCGUGUUUAUCUUGGACUGGGAAAAGAUGGCUAUGGAAAAGCAGUGAAACGAAUACCUCGUGAUAUCUGCAUUAGGCUUACACAACAAGAAAAGAAAAUUUUCAAAGAAAUCAUAAAAAAAAAUCGAAUGAUGUUGUGAAUUAUUUUUACUUAGAAGAAGACAUUACAUUAGAAUAUGUUUAUUUAAUACUUGACCUGUGUGAAGAAUCGCUGGUGGAUUUUGUGCAAGCGGAAUCGAAUAGUUUCGCUUAUCUUCAAAAAUCGCUUCCCAAAAUUCUCAGACAAAUUUUAAAAGGCUUAGCUCAUCUUCACAGCGAGCCACAUCCUAUUCUUCAUCGAGAUUUAAAGCCUUCCAAUGUUCUUCGAGAUGCCCAAGGCAAAUUUCUGAUAGCUGACUUUGGUAUCAGUCGAAUACUGAAAAGUGAAUAUAAGACAUUUAAACACGGCCUUACUUGGGGAUCUGAUUAUUGGGUUACUCCCGAAUCGUAUUGUCCGGAUGAUGA